AGGUGGGGUUCAGACUCGGACUAUACUUGUCCUGUUCUUUCUGCAUUCCCUUGCAGCCAGGGGCGUACAACAUGGGAAACAGCAGAGGCAGCAUGCUAGGCAGCUUACUGCUUCUCUGCCUCCUGCACCUCGUGCUCAGCCAGGAUGGCGUGUUCCUUGAGCAGCAGGAGGCAUUCUCGAUGCUCAAGCGCUCACGACGUGCCAACAAAAACUUGCUGGAAGAGAUGCUCCCAGGCAACCUGGAGCGAGAGUGUAUAGAGGAGAUCUGCAGCUAUGAGGAGGCCUACGAAGCCCUCGAAUCCACCACUCUCGCAACAGAAUUCUGGAGAAAGUACAAAGUAUGUAAUUCCCAGAGGACAAACAGGGCAACUCUGGAUGACUGUCUAAAGGGUGAUUGUGCCCUAGAAACAGGAGAGAACUAUGUGGGGAAAAUUAACAUCACCAAGUCAGGGAUCGAGUGCCAACUCUGGAGAAGCAAGUACCCUCACCGACCUGAGUUUAAUCUCACCGUCUACGGAAAUGUCAGCCUCACUGACAACUACUGCCGAAACCCAGACAACAACCCAAAAGGGCCCUGGUGUUACACCCAAGACCCCACAGUACGACGCGAGGCAUGCUCUAUUCCAGUAUGCGGGCAGGAUGCGACUACAGUCCCAUUUAAUCCACGGUCCCACCCACCAAGCCCGAGAACAAAGCAGCCAUGUGAGGAGAAAAGGGGGCUGUAUUAUACUGGUAACCUCUCUGUGACUAAGUCUGGGACCAAGUGUCUGCCAUGGAACUCAGAGAAGGCAAAGGAAAUACUCCAAGGAAAAACGGUCAUCCCAGAAGUGGUACUAGUGGAGAAUUACUGCCGGAACCCGGAUGGUGAUGAGGAGGGUGUCUGGUGUGUGACACAUGAAGAGCCACAUAACUUCAAUUACUGUGACCUGGACUACUGUGACAGCCCUCUGGAUGAUGUUGGGGAUGAGGUGGCUGUAUCCAUAGGACGGACGAGCGUCCCAGAGUACAAACCCUUCUUUGAUCCUCAGACUUUUGGUUCAGGUGAAGCAGAGUGUGGCAUCCGCCCUCUAUUUGAGAAGCAGAAGAUUGCUGAUAAAACAGAGAAGGAGCUGCUGGAGUCCUACAUAGAAGCCCGGGUUGUGAAGGGGGAGGAAGCAGAAGUUGGCAGUGCUCCCUGGCAGGUGAUGCUCUUCAGGAAGAAUCCACAAGAGCUGCUGUGUGGGGCCAGUCUCAUCAGUGACCGCUGGAUCCUGACUGCUGCUCAUUGUCUUUUUUACCCACCCUGGGACAAGAAUUUCACCACAGAUGACCUCUUGGUGCGCAUUGGCAAGCACUACAGGGCAAAGUAUGAACGGAACCAAGAGAAGAUAGUCUUGCUGGAUAAAAUCAUCAUCCACCCCAAAUACAACUGGAAAGAGAACCUGGACCGAGAUAUUGCACUGAUGCACUUGAAGAAACCCGUUGCCUUCAGUAACUUCAUCCACCCCAUCUGCCUGCCUACCAAAGAGAUUGUGCAGCGCCUGAUGUUAGAGGGAUACAAAGGGCGGGUUUCUGGCUGGGGAAACCUCUUCGAGACCUGGAGCUCUACUCCUGCUUCCCUGCCUUCAGUUUUGCAGCAAGUGAACCUCCCCCUUGUUGAUCAGCAGAACUGCAGGGCAUCCACCAAGAUCAAAGUCACUGACAACAUGUUCUGCGCAGGCUACAGUCCUGAAGAUGCCAAGAGAGGGGAUGCCUGCGAGGGGGAUAGUGGAGGCCCUUUUGUCAUGAAGAAUCCUGAUGACCGCUGGUAUCAGGUGGGAAUUGUUUCAUGGGGAGAAGGAUGUGACCGUGAUGGUAAAUAUGGAUUUUAUACCCAUGUAUUUCGCCUGAAGAGAUGGAUACAAAAAACCAUUGACAAACAUGGGCGGUAGAGGGAGAUCUUGUCAUUUCUCCACUGUUCCCAGCUCAGCUUCUCUCUGCUUCAAUCUUUAGAAAUACAGUUAAGGUUUUUUGCUUAAGAUGGCUUGAGAUGUACAAAAAGGAAAAAAAAUCAUCUCUGGAAAUAAAUUUACCAAUAAAGUGUUAAUAUUAACAA